CAGCAGUUCUCCUACAAGCCCACCAUGACCGACAGCAAGCAACAAACCUCCAAGGCCUUCCGGCAAUUCAGCCUGCCCAAUGGCAGCGUUCUCAAGAAUCGCAUUGCCAAGGCAGCAAUGCAAGAAGGCAUGGCAAACGUCGCGAUUCAUAAUCAGCCCUCAGACGCUAUUGUACGACUAUACGAAGCAUGGGGUACAGGCGGCUCUGGUCUGAUCCUCAGUGGUCACGUUAUGCUCGAUCCGACGGCACUUUCCUCUCCCGGUGAUAUUCUUCUCGCAGAAGACUCCGGCGCAUUUGACGAACAACUCUGGCGACGAUGGAUUGCCACGACACAGAAGGACGGUGCGCAAUUCUGGUUCCAGGUCAACCAUCCUGGCCGGCAGGUCCAGAAAGGCUCGGGCUUCCCAACGUAUGCUCCAUCUGAGGUGGCGUUGAACAUGGGAGCCAUGAGCAGCGCGUUCGAGAAGCCGAGGGCUAUGACAGAGGAGCACAUUCAGGACAUCAUUCGACGAUUCACCUGGACCGCCCGCAAAGCAGAGGAGCUCGGCGCAUCUGGAGUGGAGAUUCAUGCCGCUCACGGAUAUCUGAUCUCGCAAUUUCUGAACCCGAAUUCGAACAAGCGAACGGACCAGUGGGGAGGCUCAUUGGAGAAUCGAUCACGAUUGCUGUUCGAAGUGGUCAAGGCUGUGCGCAGGGAGACAUCAGAAAAAUUUGGCGUCUCGGUGAAGAUCAACUCCUCGGACUUUCAGAAGGGUGGCUUCACUACAGAAGAACUUCUGUGGGUCGUUGAGCAGCUUAACACGAUGGGCCUUGACUUCUUGGAGCUCUCCGGAGGAUCGUACGAGCAGCCAGCCAUGUCCGGGUUCAAAGGCAAAGCGGCGAGCACCAUCGCCCGCGAAGCAUACUUUCUCGAAGCCGCACAGGAGCUCCAAGCCACGGCGAAAAUGCCUCUGAUGGUCACGGGCGGAAUCUCACACCUCUCCACCCUCGAAACCGUGGUCAACUCCUCCGACAACAUCAUCGCGGGCGUCGGCUCCGCGCUAGGCUACAUACCCGACCUGCCCAACCGCUGGCAACGAGGCGAGGAUCCCGCGCCGCAAGUCAAACCCGCCUCAUGGCUUCCGCGGCCGCUUCAGGCGGUUUCGAAGAUCAUGGCUGUGAGGUAUAACAUGAACAGAGUCGGAGAAGACAAGAAGCCGUGGUUAAACGUGUGGCCUGCCUUUGGCUUGAUCAUGUGUCAGAUUGCGGAGUUGAAGCACAUGAAGCUGUACAAGCAGUGGGCUGCUUCUUUGAUGAAGAGCGAGAAGGGCCAAUAG